CCAAACGGUCAAGACGCGGAGCUCCGCUGAAAAAUUAAACAAUAUACAGAAGAAGAGAGCGAAGGGGAAGAAACUACAAAAUCGCAGCCCAAAUCGCGCUUCGUCGAAAAGAAAAAAGUGGGCAAAAAAAUAAUUCUAGAAGGCUCGACCGUAUACACCAAAAAAAAAAAACGAAAAAUAAGUGUUUGGAUAUGCAAGUUAAACAAAUACGCCAAUUAUGGGCAGUUUAAGGCGCAAGAAGGAAAGAGACAGGGCAACUCUGGCUCUUCCAUGUUGUUGUGUGUAAUGUGUGAAACGAUUUUCCUCCUCCAACAGUUUUUUUUUUUGGCAAUAUGCAUGGGGUAUGUAGAUACAUCCAAGUACAGGCCGAAAUAGAGCCACAAGGAAGAGCUCCUCAAUAAAUAAGUAACAGAAAAAAAUCAGCGAAAAAACAGAAACAGGAACAGAUGAGGGUUACAUUUUGAGGGAAAACACCAAGGAAAUAAUAACCUUGAAGGCUUUUGGCCAAGGCUCUCAACUUGCUGUUCGAGAGGCUCGCGUACAACAUGGCGUAUGCUUAAUAAAACCAAAAUAAUAUAAGUGAGCAAAUAUGAAAACAUGUGCAACAAAGUGUGCGUGCGCGUGUGUGGGUGCCAAAUAAAGAAUUAAGCAAAUAAAUAAGCGAUUCGACUCGACUCCACUCUAAGCGAUUCCCGAUGACGCAUUCGAGAAGAGUAGGGCAGAAGGUUAAAUUACACAAAACGUCAAAUUCGCCACGUACGACAGCCGUUUCGGAGUCGUUAGUCCGAAAUUCGGUUUCGGAGUCCUCCGUCGGGAUACGGAGUAUCCAGAUAAUAGGCGUGCAGAGAGCACAAACUACAGAGCACCCAACAUUUUCCAACUAAUCCUUGCUAUAACAAAUUCAAGUCGAAGAAAAAAUAAUUCCAGAAAAAAUAAUACAAUUUUAAAAACAAGCCUUAACCGAAUAUCAAGCAAAAUAUUUCAAAAAUUUACUCAACCAGAAAAUGUGCCUAGCUCUCCGAGCGAGGGAGAAAGCUUGAAGAGAGAGAGUGAGAGAGCACGAACACCCUCAACCUGAAUUCACCACGAUAAAAUACAACAAAGAAGGAGAACAAAAAAAAUAGAAAAAAAAAAUACUUUCACUCUCGCCACAACGUGGCGGCAUCGAGAGGCAGGAAGCGCAUAGAGUGACAGACAGACAGACGGACGGCGCUGGGAAAACUCAAAGGGAAAACUUUUUGCAUGCCACAAGCAGCAGGAGCGUCACAAUCAGCAUCAGCUGACUGCUGCAGGAAGCCUGGCAGCGGGACAACUGUGUUGCGGACAGGACGAGCGUCCGGUCCUGUCACAAUCCAUUCAAUACGAAUAGGGGCCUCCAGCGAACACUGGCCACGGGCUCCUCGCGCCGCCACCACUCACCAACACACACACACCGCGCCCAAGCAACGGCACUUUUAAUGUAUCCUUAGAAUUCCAAACAGCUCCAGCAGUGUAAUGCGCCUUGGGGGCAGUGGCAUUCCAUACGACGGCGACCCCCUGACAAUGAGCGCAGCUGGCAACGACUAUGCCGAACUCUGUGAUCUUGGACCCUCGCGAUGGAGUGCCCGACCCUAUGGCUACAAUGCAACGGCAGCGGCAGCGGCCGGUUUCGGUUUGGGUCCGACGUUGGGCGGUACGCAGUCGUCGUCGAGCGUGCCGACGGGCGGAUCGGCGGGCCUCAGCGGUCAUCACCUGCGCGGUAGUGGAGCUCCCGUUCCGAGCAGCUUCGAGGCGGAGGACAUCGGUUUGGCCUUCGGCAUGAUUAGUCCGCCGCCGGGCAGUGGACCCUAUGGCGGAUCAUCGGCGGCAGCGGCAGCGGCGGCGGCGGCUGCGAGCGGUUCGCGGGUGGGAAAUAGCACGAGUUCGCUGCGCGGUGCCGGCGGUCGCUCGGGAUUGUACUACUCACCGCCGGGCACCUCCUACACGAUCAUCGAGCGCCCCCACUCGCCGCACUACUACUUCAACUCGGCGGGCGUGCCCACCAAGGGCGGUUCGCUGCCGGGGCGUGGCAGCGCCUAUCUCAGCUCCUCACCCGCCAGCCACAUGGCCGCCGGCACGGCGGGAACGUUGCCCACCUCGACGGCCGCAAGCGGGCGAUCGAUGGGCGGCCAGCAUGCCAGCAGCAAUGGGAACAAGAAGCGGCCCAUCUCGCCGGAGCAGGUGCUGCGCAUGUUCGGCGCCACCCAGUCGUCAUCAGUUCCUACGAGUAGCUACCACUACAGCAACGGCGGCACGCGGGAUCGGGAUCGCACCGGCAGGCGCAGCCCCGCCAGCAGUCCGCCCUCCACCACCCACCAGAUUUAUCGGGAUCGGGAGCGGGAAAGGGAUCGCAGUGUCCCGAAUAUCCACGAACUUACCACGCGAACCGUUUCCAUGUCGCGCGACCAGCAAAUCGAUCAUGGUUUCGGCAUUUGCGUCAAAGGAGGAAAAGACUCAGGCUUAGGCGUCUACAUCUCACGCAUCGAGGAAAAUUCGGUGGCCGAACGCGCCGGUUUGCGACCCGGUGAUACAAUCCUAGAGGUGAAUGGCACCCCCUUCACCUCAAUCAAUCACGAGGAGGCGCUGAAGAGAUGUGUGCAGAUACUGAAAUCGUCACGUCAAAUCAGUAUGACGGUGAGAGCGCCGCCCACUCUCAACUCGACCGCCCCGCUGCACGGCUUCGGUCCGCCCUCCCGCGACCCCAUGUACGCAUCGAUGGCUCCCCUCCACCCGCAGAACCAGGCGGCGGCGGCGGCAGCAGCGGCGGCGGCGGCCUCCGGGGCGGGUCUGCCCUUCCGCCAGACCUGCUCCUGGAUGGACCGCCACGGACGACCCGCCUCCCCGCCCAUGGAGUACGGGGGCAGGCGCAGCGACCGACGGGAUCGAAUACGUCGUGUCGAGCUGCUAAUCGAGCCCGGUCAAUCGCUGGGCUUGAUGAUCCGUGGCGGGGUGGAGUACGGCCUGGGAAUCUUCGUCACCGGCGUGGAUAAGGACAGUGUGGCCGAUCGGUCCGGACUGAUGAUCGGCGACGAGAUCCUCGAGGUGAACGGGCAGUCCUUUCUCGAUGUGACGCACGACGAGGCGGUGGGUCAGUUGAAGUACCACAAACGCAUGUCGCUGGUGAUACGUGACGUGGGCAAGGUGCCGCACUCCUGCACCUCCAUCGAGAUGGAGCCCUGGGAUGCCUACAGUCCAACGGGCACAAGAGCACGCCGAAAAGGUCAAAUUGCGACCAUGGUGGAGGAGAAGGCGCGCUCUCUGCUGCCCCGUCAUCAUUUUGCAAGCCUUUCCUACUAUAUUGCCGAAUAUAGUGCGAAAGCAAUGACCAUAGAUGCCUUUGUUGCCGUCUUAUUAGAGAUGUUAGAUACGUACGAAAAGCACACGCUAGUGACGGAGAUACGGGAACUUGUGUUCCCCGAGGAUCGCACGCGAUAUGACGAGUUGGUCUAUCGCAGAGAACGCGAUCCUUACAGCGUGGAUAGGCAUAGGCGUAAGGGAGACCCCGCCCGUGAUUUGCCGGUAACUGCCGAUGAUUUGGAAAUUAUAGCCGCCACCGGACGGAGUCCUUCUUCGGACUCGGGCCUGGGCAUGACAGUAACGGAUAUACACAAACGACCCGCACUACAGUUGCCCCAUCGGCCAAUGUCGGCGGGACCCAUACUGCAUCGCUCACAGCCAGCCUCACAUUAUCAGACAGCAAGCAACCAGUCCUCAUCAUCAUUAUCGCCCCCACAACAACAGCAACAUCAGCAGCAACACCAGCAGCAGCAUGCGCAACAGCAACAGCAACAUUAUCCACCCCAUCAUGCCUCAUUGCGUCAUCUGGGCGGAAUCGGCGGCAACGUGGGAUCUGGGCGCCAUCAUCACCAUCCGUUGGGACCAAGUCAAUUGAAAUUCAAGCAGGCCAAAGACAAUCAGCAACAGGAAUACGGCUGUGAUGAGCACAGAACUCGCCGGGGCAGCGAAACCCUUUUACCGGAAUACGAUCAAGAUGCGGAACAGGAGUUGGCCACAAAACUCUCACGAAGUUUCGAUAUGAAGGAAGAAGGCGGCACAUUGCUGGGCGAUAAAGGUGUACGAAGGCAUCAGUCUAUGCAGCGUCUGUCAGCGGAGCAGAAUGGUGGUUCAACGACUGAACAAACACAUGAACACAAUCCAAACGUCGUACCUGAUCAUAGAGGCAACUUACACAUUACAGUUAAGAAAACCAAACCAAUUUUAGGUAUUGCUAUCGAAGGUGGUGCUAAUACAAAACACCCGCUCCCUAGGAUAAUCAAUAUCCAUGAAAAUGGUGCAGCAUUUGAAGCGGGCGGCUUAGAAGUGGGGCAACUCAUUCUGGAGGUAGAUGGAACCAAGGUGGAAGGUCUACAUCAUCAGGAUGUUGCUCGACUGAUAGCCGAAUGCUUUGCUAAUCGUGAAAAGGCUGAAAUAACCUUCUUAGUUGUCGAAGCAAAAAAAUCAAAUUUGGAACCGAAGCCGACGGCGCUGAUAUUUUUAGAAGCCUAACAUUUGCUUGCCCUGCCGGCCAGUGACCCAUUGGAACGACAAAAACUCGAGUUCCUUUACGAAUGGGGCAUCGAUUUAACGGAGACGCCAAAACCAAUGCCAACACCAAUACCGCUAACGAAAGCCAAGAACCCGCCGCCACUGCCACUGCCACACGAGUUGCACAACAACAUCAAUAGCCACUAUGGCAGCAGUGCGGCGAUCAGCAAUCAUCAAUCUCAAUCUCAAACUCAUUCGCAUCCACAUCAACAUUCCCACCAACAGCAGCAGCAGCAUCAGCAACAACAACAGCAACAGCAGCAGCAGCAGCAACAUCAAAACACAAAAACAACGCCCAACACAAACAGCAACACACAAGCAACACCAACGGGAGCAGCAACAACUGCAAACAAACAACAACAACAGGGAAACACCAACACACCAACGAAGGCUUCGCGUGAGGCGACUCCCACAAGGGAACAGCAUCAGCAACGUGCCACGCCCACACGCGAAAGCCAACAACAAACGCCCACCCGCCAGCAGCAACUGCAACGCGAACAACGCGAGCAACGCGAACAACGUGAACAGCAGCAACAUCAACGUGAACAACGCGAGCAACGUGAACGGCAGCAACAUUUGCGCGAGCAACGCGAACAACGCGAGCGGGAAUACCAACACGAACACGAACACCAACACCACGACCAACACCAACACCAACACCAUCGUGAACACUACGAGCAACACCACCACCACCACCAUCAUCAUCAUCAUUCAUCUGGAUCACAGCAGCAACACCAGCGCUACAGCAGCAGCAACAGCUACAAAUCUCAUAAUAAUUCCGUUUACCAGUAAGGAGAAACCAGAAAGCAAGAGUCAAAAAUACAAUUCUCGCAAUUGGAGCUACAAUUCUUUUGGAAACAUUCUUUCAAAACUGCAACAGCAAUUCAAUCAGUAAACAGUUUAAUUGUGCUACCUUUGUUAAAACAAGAAAAAAAUAGGACCUCUGCCUCUCAUGCACGCCUCUUUCUACACUGAACACAACGCGCUUGUCAAAAUAUAUACAAAAUACCCCGGCUGUAUCCGAUCGAAUUAAAAGUGAAUUCUAUGAGCCAACAUAACCCGCUUAACUAGGCCCUCUAGAAAUGUGUUAAUUUGUUGUAGCUGAUGAGAUGCUCUUACCAAAAAAAGAAAAAAAAUUAAUAGAAAUUGAGUCGACAGUUAGGAACAAACCCUUGUUAAUUUUCGUGAGUUUGUUAAUUAUAUUACCCACAUUUCGAAAUAUCAAAUACAAAAUUUUACCACUGCCAAGGUUAAAGAAAAACACUAAAAAAAAUGCUAUAAAAAAUCAAGAGCAUCUCUCUCACUUGGCUUUCCGUUCUAUCCCCACAAAGUUGAAUAUGGCUCGCCCAAAGAAAAUUAUAUUAAUGUUAGAACCAAGAACCACUCCGAUCCUCAACUAGAAUAACCAGAGACAAGACCUAUCCAGUCCUUAGGAAUCCUAAGACCCUCUAUCGAACCACGCGCUAGUCGAAAUGUGUAAAUCUGUGUAAACUCUAAAACAUAUUAUUGUAUGAUUAUUAUUAUUAUACUAUUGAGUAUCAUGCGAGCAAACGUAGCUUAGACCGUUAGUCAUUACUUGUUUAAACUAGUGACCAGACAAGUUUAGGUUCACGAGAUUACUGUAAGAGCAAUGUUAUUUGAUGAUAAACCCACAAAGGCCCCCAAGAAAAGCAACCACAAACCCCAAAUAAGGCAUACAUUAAGAAAAUCAAGAGCUUAAAAUGUUUAAAAUGAACAAGUAAAUAUCUUAAAAAUCCCUUAAACAGUAAGCAAGAAGAAGACGAUGCAGAGAAAAAAAUAUGAACAAAGAAUUAAGGCACAAGACACUGUAAAAUGUAAAAAUAACCAGCAAAACUAGUAACGAAUUGUCGCUUUUGUUAGAUUCAAACACACACUAACACACACGAAUACACGUAUGCACGGCACUCACACAUACACACGCAUGCAUAUUGCCAAAUUGAUUGUAUUUACAGCAGCUAAUUGAACAAAGAAAACCAACAACAAACAAAAAUGAAGCCCACCUAAGCAAAAGAUAAUUUGUAAAAAUUAAAAAUAAUCUUAAAAUUAAAUCACAAAAAAUGUAAAAAGCUAUAAAUAUAUAUAUUAAAAGAAGGAAGCAGUAGCUAUGGCCAUACACACACACUCACACACUAACACUUACACCAACACCCAAUCAGAAAUAUUUAGCCCGAAAAGCGCAUCAAUUCUAAAUUUUAACCAAAAUAUCAAAUUAUAUACCCGCAGUGUUGUAAGGUUAAUCGAUGAUCUAAAAUUCUUUAUGAUCAGAAUAAAUCAAAUUUAUCAUUGCAUUUCAUAGUUCACCAAUUCCGAGAUACUUUUCUCGAUCAAUCUGACAACACCGCAAGGCAUAUCCCUGUUAUUAGUACAACUUAAACUGCACACUGCACAAUUUUUGAAUGUUUGUUAAAUGUUUUAAGGAGCAAAUGCCGACACCAGGACAAAUCCUCUGCAAAAUUGUAUUCUCCUCACCAAACUAACUAAUGGAAAUACCUCGCACCCCAAAAAACCGAUCCCCCAAAAUCCCAACUCCAAUCCCUAAAAAAUGGUAAACGAAUUAUGAAACUGCUAGGGCAGACGGGCAUCUAUGUCUGUUCUACCAUCUUAAAUGCAAAAAUAACAUUAACGCUGUAGAGAACAAGAAGAAAUUAACGCUUAAAAUUUGAGGUUGAUUGGCAUUAAGUAAAAGUUAAACGAUGUUGAAGCAGGAAGAGCCGAGCCGACAGGGCGCGAUCACGAGCAAGUAAAAAAUUAUAUAACAACUUUAACAGGCACGACGAACAACAUAUUGUGCAAAAACACAACUAUAACUUCAUACGUAUUGUGUAAAAUAUUAGCAAAAGACGAAAUCCUUUUUAUAGAUCAAAAACAAAAAACAAAACCAACGUAUUUUUCGCUCUCUAUCUUUCACCUUCGAUUAUACGAUCUACGACCUAUAUCUGUAUCUGUAUCUGUCACUCACUCAGUCAAUCGUUCUUCAGUCAAUCGUUUCGGCAAGUUUGUUGAUUUCGUUUGUUGUGUGUGAUAGUGUUUGGAAUAAAAUGAAACUUUUGCAUGUCACAAAAGCAAUUUGUUCACCCUAAGUCCCCCAAAAAGUUAACUUUGUGUCUAAUGAAUAUGUAUAGGGCAUGGUUUCCAUGUCGGGCUUGUUUUUUAUAUCAUCUCGAAAAAACUUUGAAAGGAAAACUAUUUCUCUGCUUAACUCUCUCUUAUUAACUCUCUUUAUGUAUGUGUGUGUGUGGAAAGUAAAUAUACAAAAUUAUUACAAUUGAAAUUGAAUCGUUAUAUGAGGUAUUGUACUUGUAUUUUUGUUGACUAUUAUGUAAUUAAACGCUUUACUGAAUAUCAGUUAUGUACAUUUUUUAGCUACAAAUAAAAAAUUAAAACCAUAUUCAAGCAAAGAAGCUUAUGCUGUUACUUAUUGUUAGUGAAUUUACCACAAAAAAAAAAAACAAAAAACAAAAACAAAACAACAACUGAAACAAAAAUCUAAAAUAUAAAAAUCAAGUUGAAUUUUUCAAAAUUUAUAAAAACCAAAAAUCAUUUUGCAACGUUCAUGCGUGAAGAACAAAAAUAUCAAGGGGAUUGCCUUGUGGACGCACUUACGCCUUUGUAAAUUGCGAUACAUUUUGAUGAGAAGGCUUAACUUAAACUUUGAGAACUACCAGAUAAAUAUCUAUUUAAUAUAACGUAUACAUGCAUACAAGCAACUUAUAAACAUAUACCGUAUAUAAAACGUAUGCUAAACUAUAUCUAAAUUGUAAACGACAAUGAGAAGCAAUUUUAAGCAAAAUGAAGAAAACCAUUUCAAUUUCAACUUCAAUACCCCCCCACAUGCAACACACACGGAUGAAGCAAGACAUUUAUGUGAAUUAAUAUGUAUAGUACUAUAUGUAACUAUGAUUACAAAACAGCAACAAGGCUAUCUAUAUGCUAUGCUAAUGAAAGGGUAAACGGCAUUUAAACUCAUUCAACCGAAAACAAACAGAAACCGCAUCACACAAGGAAGAAAUGAAAGCUUAUAAAUACCAUAUAGAACCGUAUAUGUACCAUACCAUAUAUAGAUCCACAACCAUGUACCACGUAAAUAUCGUAUCGUAAAUAGCAAUAGCAGAUAGUUAUAGUUGAUAUGGAUAGCUAAAUUACCGAAUAGCAAAGCCUCAGCCGAAGCAAACUUGUUGUACGAUUAAGAUUGAGCUAGACUUUUAACCAGAGAUAAUCCAACUUGUAGAUAUAUCGAUAUAUCACGUAACAGUGUAUGAUUGUGUAUAUUACCGGAUAAAAAAGAACUCUUAUGAUUUCCAGGUCUCGCUUUUCAGUUAAUCCCCUUUAAAUCCAACUAAAAUAUAUCAAGGCCUCCCAAAAAAACCUUUAAUGCAUUCAGACCAGACCACAAAAACAACAACCAACUACAACAAAAACAAACUGUGCCACCUAGUACAUAACAAGAAAUGGUUAUAUAUCUGUAUCUGCUAUAUAGACACUAUAAACACAUACAAUUCAACACGGACUUGUACUAUAUCUAGAUAUAUUAUAUAGAGAGAAGGAAAACAUUCAAUGCUCACUUUUAUAUUUUUUAUCAUACAUACCUAUAUCGAAGAAAGCACCGUAAGAACCACUGAUUAACAAAAACAAAACCAACCAAACAUAGGAAAAUUCUCAUGCCCAAAGAACAUAUAUUUAUAUAUAGUGUACAAGUUCUAUAAGCCUAGUUAUUCGUUCCAUUGCUUUUUAGAGCCAAUUUGCUUUGCUUGCGAGACAAAAUUCCCUGGAAAACCCCGUACCUCUAUAUUAUUUUUGAUUUAUUACCCCGUUCAAAAUGACAAUUAGAAAGGAUAACACCAGGCAUAAACGCAAAAGAUCGAGCUAAACUAGUGCUUAGUGUUUAAUGAUAAACAAUUCCAAUAAAAGUAUUUCAGUUGUGUAUAUUGUAAAGAACAAUUAUGAAUGAACAAAUAUAAAGUUAAACAUUUAAAAAAUAAUUCAAAAAAUUUAUUGAAGCAUUAAUAAUAAUUGUAUUUAUCAAAAUUAAUACAAAACAAAUUUAAGGCAUUAGCAUAGCAAAGAUAACGGUAUACAUAAAUUGAAAUGAAAAUGAACACAAAAAGCGCUGAUUUAAUAUUAUAUUAUUAAUUAUAUUAUUGCAAACAACAAAGUGAAAAACAAAUGAUAUUGUCCUUGGUAUUUACAUAUACAUAAAAAAACAGCAAAAAACAAGAAAAAUAAAAAGAAAACGUUUUUUU